AAAAAUCCAGCAAACUCUCUUUGGCUUAAGUGGUAUGCAGGGAAAUUCUUCCACAGGCACUCGCAUGCUCAUGACUUCCUCAUAUUGCGUAACUGUUUCCAAACCCACUGAGCUCAAAUUUGUAUGCUUCUGUGCUGUGGUACUCCACCUCUUCUUAUUCAAAAGGCAUGGGGAUCUGAGGUCUGCUUUUACAGCCUGCUUGUUGAUUUGUUGCGCUGCUCAGAGUAUUCUUGUUUUUUUCAGUACAGACUGUACAGCCUUUAUCUUUUACCUCUAACCGCUUUCUAGGGUUGGGCCAGUCAUAUAUUGCGCCACACCAGAAGAGCUGUGAGUCAGAGUUCAGCUUCGAUUAGUUAAGGAUUAAUUUUCUAGGAGUAGUGUUUACAGAAGAUCAGGGCAGACCUCCCGAUAGACUGGCACCAUGAAGCUGGAGCAGCGUCUCUCCAUUUCGGUCCUGCUGAUAUUUUGUGCAGCAUGGAGCGCACAUGGCGGAAAAAUUUUGGUGUGGUACACAGAAGGAAGCCACUGGAUUAACAUGAAGCCUGUGCUGGACAAGCUUGUUGACAAGGGACACAAUGUGACGGUUCUGGUGCCGAGCACAUCGCUGUUCAUGAACAUCAAUGAACCUUCAAGCUUUGGCUACGAACCCUUUGAUGUUGCUGUCACAAAGAAGCAGAUGGAGAGCUUAAUGGAAGAUUUAUUUAACUUCUCUAUCUAUGAGGUCGAUCAUAUGAAUUACUUGCAGAUUUACAACAAAUUCACUGAGCUGUUCGAGGUCAACCUUGCCUAUAAUUUUAAGUUUUUAGAUGGGGUUCUAAAAUCGGACACAAUCAUGAAGAGGCUGAAGGACGGCAAAUAUGACCUUCUCUUUUCUGACCCCGUCUUCGUUGGUAGUGAGUUAGUAGCAGAUACUCUGGGGAUCCCUCUGGUCUACUCACUGCGCUUUUCCAUGGCUAAUAACUGGGAGAGAUAUUGUGGUCAGAUCCCGGCUCCACCUUCAUUUGUCCCGGCCGCUAUGAGCAAACUCACCGACAAGAUGGACUUCUCUGAGAGAGUGUUGAACUCUAUGUUUUACCUGCUGCAGGACGCCAUGUUAGCCAGCAGUGUGUGGAAAAAAAUUGAUAUUUAUUAUACUGAAUACAAAGGAACACCCACCAGUGCCUGUGAGAUGAUGGGUCGAGCAGAAAUUUGGUUGAUGCGAACAUACUGGGACUUUGAUUUCCCUCGUCCAUUCCUCCCAAACUUCAAAUAUAUUGGUGGGCUCCACUGCAGACCUGCCAAACCUUUGCCUAAGGAUAUGGAAGAGUUUGUGCAAAGUUCUGGAGAUGCUGGCAUCGUGGUCUUCACUUUGGGAUCAAUGGUAAAGAACAUCACCACAGAGAGGGGGAACAUGAUAGCCUCGGUCCUUGCUGAGAUCCCACAAAAGGUGCUGUGGAGAUACAGCGGAGAAAAACCAGAGACCCUCGGUGCCAACACCAAAAUAUAUGACUGGAUUCCUCAGAAUGAUCUUUUGGGUCAUCCCAAGACCAAAGCUUUCAUCACCCAUGGUGGUACAAAUGGCUUGUAUGAGGCUAUCUACCAUGGCGUUCCCAUGUUGGGCAUCCCCCUGUUUGGUGAUCAGCCAGACAACCUGGUCCAUAUGAAGGCCAAGGGAGCUGCACUUAUGGUUAAUCUGAACUUCAUGAAGCCUGAGGAUUUGAGAGAAGCACUCAAUUCUGUCAUCAACGAUAAAUCGUACAAGGAGAGUGCCAUGCAGCUGUCCAGCAUCCAUCAUGAUAGACCGAUGACAGCUCUAGAUGAAGCUGUGUUCUGGAUCGAGUACACCAUGAGAAACAAAGGGGCCGAGCACCUGAGGGUCCAAGCCCAUGAGCUCACCUGGUAUCAGUAUCACAACCUGGAUGUCUUCAUGUUCCUCCUUUCCAUUGUUCUGGUCCUGAUCUUCAUGUUCAUCAAGACCUGCACGUUCUGCUUCAGGAGGUGCUGUGGCAGAAGAACAAAGGGGAAGACUGAGUAGAUGACUGAUGAGUGAAUAUCAAACAGUUCAUGGUGAUCCAGAGGUUUGUCUCAACAAAAUGUACCUCUGAUCCUUCGGACUCAUGGCUUGAGACUUAAAAUGAACGGAGCGAAGCUGAAAAGACAGUUUUUUUUUUUAAUUUGUUAAAGCGGUGAAACUAAUUUUUUUUGCUGUGUGUGCAUGAUUAGGAACAAAAGCUAACUUGUCAAACUACUGUAUUCUGCCAUGUAUCUCAGGUUCAGUGAGCCUGGGCUGAAAGUUACAUUGAUAACUUCUAUGUGAACAAUAACCGCGUGUUUAUUUCCCUUUCUCUUUUUGAUUGCUAGAAACUGCAUGCUCAUUUGCUCUCCUGUACUGUUGCACAAUUUGUCAUUAAAUCUGAAUGUUUAUUGCUAAUGUAACUCUAGAAAAUGACACAAUAGCAUGUUGGGUUAUUGUAUUAACAUAAAUCAAGUACUGUAAUAAUCAAACAUAAAAACCAUAAUACUAAACAGCUCUCUCCCUUCAUCAAGAUAAAUCCAGCAGAGCUUCAUAUAAAUAAAUUUGACAUUCAAAUUUUGAUAAUGUCUUUUUUGUGAAUAAACAAAGUGAGGAUGAUGA